AUGAUACAUCCACCCGUUCAGAGGGGCAAGAGAGAAUCGGGAAAGCGCGGCCGCGCUGGCGGUUGCCAUGGCAGCCGAGCCCCGCCCCUCCCCUCCCCUCCGCCGCUGCAGCGUUGGGGCCGCCGCCGACCUGUCCCCCAAACCCUCCUGCUUCUUCCAUGUCUGCUGUCAGUCCAGGUGAAUUUUUUCAGUUAUGUGGCCGCAGCAGCAGCUCUUCCCACCCUGGAGGAGAAUAAAGGCUCUCUGGUGGCUGUUUCUUCCCUCACAGGGGAAAUAGUCACUCCCCUCACCACUUCCUAUUUUGCCACCAGGUUUGCACUGGAUGGAUUCUUCAGCUCGCUGCGCCAUGAACUCAUAAUGCAGAAGAGAAAUGUCUCUAUCACACCGCUUCUGGCUCUGAUUAAUACUGAUAUGGUAUUACAGAAUACCAGGUGUGGCAAAGUGCACAGAACUGCUUCUCCUGUUCCUGAAAGGAUCAUCCAGGGAGGUGCCACACGGGUGCAGGAGGUUUUCUACCUGUGGUGGCUUCAGCAUAUGUGUUGCCUCUGGGUUUUGUUCCCCAAUGACCAGGACCAAGUUUUACAGAGUUACUAUAACUACAGCAGUCCUUAAAGAAUGCCCAGUCUCAGUCUCCUCUCCCAUCCUACAUCUCUUUUAAUCACAUUUCCCCUGUUGCACUAAGCAUCCCAUGCAACUAUUGUCAAGUGGAAGCAGGGCAGCAGUGGUGGCAAAGUAACCUUAACUCUUCGCAAGACUCAUCUUGGCCUCCCUCUCAUCCUGCUUCAGCCACAGUUCCGAUAUUUCUACCCAUCAGUCAAAGAUCUUUCCCACUGUUCACUUGGUUUAGCCUUGCACCCAUUUCUCCUUCAGCCUCACAUGUCUGUACUGCCUCGUUUCUUUCAGCUCCAGCUUUAACCUUGGUCUGUACAGGGUGUCCUGAAAUGUCAGUACAUCUUGCUCCACUGCUUACUUAUUUUGUGGAGUCUGUGAAACUUCUUGCUUCUUAUAAAUAGAAUUUUAAUCUCUAUUUUAA